AGUAAGUGAGCUGCACCGCCAACAAGCUCUCUCACACACACACGCGCGCGCACACACACGCGCGCACACACUGGGUCGCCAGGCAGCGGCCGUCGCCGCAUCCCCGGCUGCAGCUCCAGGCAAAGUGACAGAGGACGGUGCUGUGAGUUUGAGGAAGAGGCCAUCACCGGCAGUGGAUCCAGGGCCGCCUGGUCUUGAAUAUAAUCAUGGCCAAACCUUACGAAUUUAACUGGCAGAAGGAAGUUCCUUCCUUUUUGCAAGAAGGAGCGGUUUUUGACAGAUAUGAAGAGGAGUCCUUCGUGUUUGAGCCCAACUGCCUCUUCAAAGUGGAUGAAUUUGGCUUUUUUCUGACCUGGAAAAGUGAAGGCAAGGAAGGGCAGGUACUAGAAUGUUCCCUCAUCAACAGCAUUCGGCUGGGAGCCAUACCAAAGGAUCCCAAAAUCUUGGCUGCUCUUGAAGCGGUUGGAAAAUCAGAGAAUGAUCUGGAAGGGCGGAUAGUUUGUGUCUGCAGCGGUACAGACCUGGUGAACAUCAGCUUCACCUACCUGGUGGCCGAAAAUCCAGAAGUAACCAAGCCAUGGGUAGAAGGCCUGAGAUCCAUCAUACACAACUUCAGGGCCAACAACGUCAGUCCCAUGACCUGCCUGAAGAAACACUGGAUGAAACUGGCGUUUAUGACGAACACAAAUGGUAAAAUCCCAGUUAGAAGUAUUACCAGAACUUUCGCAUCAGGGAAAACAGAAAAGGUGAUCUUUCAAGCGCUGAAGGAAUUGGGUCUUCCCAGUGGAAAGAAUGAUGAAAUCGAGCCCGCGGCAUUUACUUACGACAAGUUCUAUGAACUGACACAGAAGAUUUGUCCUCGGACAGAUAUAGAAGAUCUUUAUAAAAAAAUCAAUGGAGACAAAACUGAUUAUUUAACGGUAGACCAAUUAGUGAGCUUUCUAAAUGAACAUCAGCGAGAUCCUCGACUGAAUGAAAUUUUAUUCCCCUUCUAUGAUGCUAAAAGAGCAAUGCAGAUCAUCGAAAUGUAUGAACCUGAUGAAGAUUUGAAGACAAAAGGCCUCAUGUCAAGUGAUGGGUUUUGCAGAUACCUGAUGUCAGAUGAAAAUGCCCCAGUCUUCCUAGAUCGCUUAGAACUUUACCAAGAAAUGGACCACCCUCUGGCCCACUACUUCAUCAGUUCUUCCCACAACACCUAUCUCACUGGCCGACAGUUCGGAGGGAAGUCUUCGGUAGAAAUGUACAGGCAGAUUCUUCUGGCAGGUUGCAGAUGUGUUGAACUUGACUGUUGGGAUGGAAAAGGUGAAGACCAAGAACCAAUAAUAACUCACGGAAAAGCAAUGUGUACAGAUAUCCUUUUUAAGGAUGUAAUUCAAGCCAUCAAGGAAACUGCGUUUGUCACAUCAGAAUAUCCUGUAAUUCUCUCCUUUGAAAAUCACUGCAGCAAAUAUCAACAGUACAAAAUGUCCAAAUAUUGUGAAGAUCUAUUUGGGGAUCUCCUGUUGAAACAAGCACUUGAAUCGCAUCCACUCGAACCAGGCAGGCCUUUGCCAUCCCCCAAUGACCUCAAAAGAAAAAUACUGAUCAAAAAUAAGCGGCUGAAGCCUGAAGUUGAAAAAAAACAGCUUGAAGCUCUGAGAAGCAUGAUGGAAGCUGGGGAAUCCACUGCCCCCGCUAAUAUCUUAGAGGACGACAAUGAAGAGGAGAUCGAAUGUGCUGACCAAGAGGAGGAAGCUCAUCCUGAAUUCAAAUUUGGAAAUGAACUUUCUGCCGAUGACUUGGGUCACAAGGAAGCUGUUGCAAAUAGCGUCAAGAAGGCCUCAGAUGACCUUGAACAUGAAAACAACAAAAAGGGCCUGGUCACAGUAGAAGAUGAGCAGGCGUGGAUGGCAUCUUAUAAAUAUGUGGGUGCUACCACUAACAUUCACCCGUAUUUGUCCGCAAUGAUCAACUAUGCCCAGCCUGUCAAGUUUCAAGGUUUCCAUGUAGCCGAAGAACGCAAUAUUCAUUAUAACAUGUCUUCUUUUAAUGAAUCAGUUGGUCUUGGCUACCUGAAGACACAUGCAAUUGAGUUUGUAAAUUACAACAAACGGCAAAUGAGUCGCAUUUACCCCAAGGGAGGCCGAGUCGAUUCCAGUAAUUACAUGCCUCAGAUUUUCUGGAACGCUGGCUGCCAGAUGGUUUCACUGAACUAUCAAACCCCAGAUUUAGCGAUGCAAUUGAAUCAGGGAAAAUUUGAGUAUAAUGGAUCGUGCGGGUACCUUCUCAAACCAGAUUUCAUGAGGAGGCCUGAUCGAACGUUCGAUCCCUUUUCGGAAACCCCUGUUGAUGGGGUCAUCGCAGCCCACUGUUCAGUGCAGGUCAUAUCGGGUCAAUUCUUAUCAGAUAAGAAAAUUGGCACCUAUGUAGAAGUGGAUAUGUACGGGUUGCCCACCGACACCAUACGUAAGGAAUUCCGGACACGCAUGGUUAUGAACAAUGGACUCAACCCAGUGUACAACGAAGAAGCAUUCGUAUUUCGGAAGGUGAUCCUGCCAGACCUGGCCGUCUUGAGAAUAGCCGUGUACGAUGAUAACAACAAGCUGAUUGGACAGAGGAUCCUCCCUCUAGACGGCCUCCAAGCAGGAUAUCGACACAUUUCCCUGCGAAAUGAGGGAAAUAAACCAUUAUCACUGCCAACCAUUUUCUGCAAUAUUGUUCUUAAAACAUAUGUGCCUGAUGGAUUUGGAGAUAUCGUGGAUGCUUUAUCAGAUCCAAAGAAAUUUCUUUCAAUUACGGAAAAGAGAGCAGACCAAAUGCGGGCCAUGGGCAUUGAGACUAGUGACAUAGCCGAUGUGCCCAGUGACACUUCCAAGAACGACAAGAAAGGAAAAGCCAACACUGCCAAAGCCAGCGUGACCCCUCAGAGCAGCUCCGAGCUCAGACCGACCACCACAGCCGCCCUGGCUUCUGGUGUGGAAGCCAGGAAAGGUAUUGAACUUAUCCCUCAAGUGAGGAUAGAAGAUUUAAAGCAGAUGAAGGCUUACUUGAAACAUUUAAAGAAACAACAGAAGGAGCUAAAUUCUUUAAAGAAGAAGCAUGCAAAGGAGCACAGUACCAUGCAGAAGUUACACUGCACGCAGGUUGACAAGAUCGUGGCACAAUACGACAAAGAGAAGUCGACGCACGAGAAAAUCCUAGAAAAGGCAAUGAAGAAGAAAGGGGGAAGUAAUUGCCUUGAAAUGAAAAAAGAAACAGAAAUUAAAAUUCAGACACUGACCUCAGACCACAAAUCUAAGGUCAAAGAGAUUGUGGCACAGCACACAAAGGAAUGGUCAGAAAUGAUCAACACCCACAGCGCCGAGGAGCAGGAGAUCCGGGAUCUGCACCUCAGCCAGCAGUGCGAGCUGCUCAGGAAGCUGCUCAUCAGUGCGCAUGAGCAGCAGACCCAGCAGCUGAAGCUGUCGCACGACAGGGAAAGCAAGGAAAUGCGAGCACACCAGGCAAAGAUUUCUAUGGAAAACAGCAAAGCCAUCAGCCAAGAUAAAUCUAUCAAGAACAAAGCAGAACGGGAGAGGCGAGUCAGGGAGUUAAACAGCAGCAAUACUAAAAAGUUUCUGGAAGAAAGAAAGAGACUCGCGAUGAAGCAGUCCAAAGAAAUGGAUCAGUUGAAAAAAGUCCAGCUUGAACACCUAGAAUUUCUAGAGAAACAGAAUGAGCAGGCGAAGGAGAUGCAGCAGAUGGUGAAAUUGGAAGCCGAGAUGGACCGCAGACCAGCAACAGUAGUAUGAAACUCCAAAAUGCAAACUGAAGCAGCAAAACCACAAAGCGUCAAAAGAUCACUCCAAACUUCUGAACACAAACACCAUGGACAAAAGCUCUUUCCUUUUGCGUUUCCUUUACGUGUACACAAGAUGACACCUGAAGCCACAGAGACUUGGAAUGACUUACACGCUUCUGUCUUUAACAGUUGGAGGAUUAAAGUUCCCUGGCCAAACAAAAGUAGCUACAGAUCCACAAAAAUUGACUAUUCCAGUUGGGCAGAGUUUAAUCAUUGAUAACAUAACUUAAACAUGUUUUAUAUAAAAUACCAUCACAAGUAAAUGAGCUUGGUGUUGACAGCUUAGCUUUGUGAUGCAUUGGGACAUGUUUGAGCUACAGCAAAACAAAACAAAACGGUGCAUUAGCAAUUUCACAGCAAGAGCAUGCACUAGGAAAAAAACUCUGUCUACACAUUAAUUAGCCGGAGUGGUGGUCUGCAAAUCUUUCUAUAUCUCAGUUACCUCAUCAGUAAGUGCCAUGUCUCGACCAUGCCAUAAGAAGCUAAUUUUCUUUAAACGUUGUGGAAAUUUAGAACAAUAGAAAAAUAGAGCAGUGUGCCUGUGCCAAAACUUAUUAAUAUCCAGGGGGGGACUCUGUUAGGCACGUUUAAGAAAGUCUAAACCUGACAUUGCUUUCUAGGAAUGACUUCUGCAGAUUCCAGAUAAUACAAUUCACUAUUAACACCAUAAAGGUUGUGAAGUGGUUACUGGCAAAUGUCUGUAAAUGUGACCAUGUAUAAAGUAUUUAUACUCCUUAAUGCACAUUGUCACAAAGCAAAAUCAAUCUAAGUAUUGCCACGUGACAAGAUUAGUAAACAGGAAUACUAGAACUAUGUUUGCAUGUUACACAAGCACCAAUUAAGGCUAAUCCACACAGACACAGUUAACCUAAGGCCAAAUAAAUACUGGUUACAUAAACAUAUGGCACAGACUAUAAUUUGACUAUCAAGACUUUUAGCAUAAUGAAAAAGUCUCUCUAUAUAUAUGUGUAUACGAAUUAUGUGGGCAUUCUUGAUACUUCAAGUUCUAGUUUGAAAAAGAAAUACAUAACUAAUUUAAUUUUACACAAAAAUAUAUAUGCAGAUUUUCAGAAUUUCAUAUCAGGAAAUGACCUUUUUAUGUCUGUUAAAUAUCAAAACAAUUUGCUACAGUGUUAAUCUGCAUGGUCUUUAAGCCUGCUGUAGUUGUGUCGCAGACAGUGCAUGAAAAAGUAUUCCGCAGGGAACUGAGCCACGCCACCAAAGCCGAGAGGACCGCGGAAACCCGGUAGUCUAGAACUAAUCAGAUUACUGAUUUUAGGACACAGCACCAACUGACUUGUGUAUAUGCUUGUACAAAUUGAUUCUGUACGUUCCUCUGAACAAACCAGAGAAAAUUAUGAUACCAUCAAUAUUGAAAUUAAACUUCCAACUUCUCUAAUAAAAAAUUAAAACACACGUAACGUUUGUCAGAGUGUCUUCUCCCAAGAUGCUUUCUAAUAAACAUUUGGCCUAUUUUUCACAUAAAUGAUCCUAUCAUUAUUUCCAAAGGAAAGGAGGCUUUUUCAAGCCCCCAAAAUAUUUUUCCCCCAAGGGACAGAAAACAUGCCGAGUCUCGUUGAUUUCCAGGUAUAACGUACUUGUUUUUCCUCUUACUCAUGUUUAUGAUCUGACAUGGAUUCUGUGACAUCUCUUUGCUUCCUAGUUCCCUUAUCUGUAAAAGAUGGGAUUAGACUACAUAUGUUUCAGCAUUAACAUCUCAAGACAAAUUAUAGUUAAUAAAAUAUCACCACACUCGGAUCGCCAGUUUUCAAA